AUGCCGCCGGCACUGUCCGUUCGCUACUUUAGUACCGAGAGAGUUGAAGCCUGCUCCAUUGCGGACACCAUCCACGGCGACCAACAGCAUCCGUACUGGGCGCUGGGGAUCUACUCGUACUCGUACUGUACGUCUUCGAAGUCCGGGUGCGAAAGUACGGAUACAAUGCGGAUCGAGAAUGAGAAGCCGCGCCCACAUUUGCCGCCUGGACAGCGAACACUCGCACUUGAAUGGCGCGAAGCCGACAUGCCAUUUCUGCACGUUCAGUCAGCCCACGUCGAUGCCCCCGUGGGCGUGGGCACUGUCGACCACUGGCAUGUCGAGGCGUCACUGGCGGCAAGCGCCUUUUCCAAGCGCCGGGAAGCAGUGACACUACUCUCCUUGGGCUAG